AUGGCUGACCGUACAACCGUUCUGAUUACGGGAGCGAAUAGGGGCAUUGGGCGCGGUCUUACCGAGGCCUACCUCUCGCGGCCAGACCACACCGUCAUCGCAGCCGUGCGCGACCCCUCGUCCGCGACGGCCCAGUCUCUCCACUCCGUCCCAGCUGCUCCACGCUCCAAAGUCCACGUGAUCAAGAUCGACAGCGCCUCCGACAAGGACGCCGCCGAGGCCAUCAGAACUGUCCAGGACCUCGGCAUCCGCCACCUCGACGUGGUCAUCGCCAACGCAGGCAUCGCCGAAGUGUUCGAGACGGUCGACCAGAUCAACCCGGACAAGUUCCGCACCCUUUUUGAGGUCAACACGCUGGGGCCCGUCAAGCUGUUUGGGGCCGUCUUCCCCCUGCUCAAGGCCGCGGCCGAGAUCAAGGGCGUCGUCAAGUAUGCCGCCAUCGGCACCGUGGCGGCGAGCACGGCCAACGUCGAGGCGAACAAGGCGACCAUGCUGGGCAGCUAUGGCGCGAGCAAGGCGGCGCUGAGCCACCUGGUGCGUAGGGCGCAGUUUGAGAACGAUUGGCUGACGGCUGUGGUGGUGAGCCCAGGAUGGGCCCAGACCGACAUGGGCAACGCCGGGGCAAGAUUGUUCGGCAUGGAGAAGGCUGUGGUCCCUGUCAAGGACAGUGCCGAGGGUAUCAUCAAGGUGCUGGACAACGCGACGCGCGAGACUGCUGCUGGGGCUGGCGGCUUCUGGGAGUACGAUGGGACCCCCCUGACGUACUAA